GCCAAAAGCUGUUCAGGUGAGGGAAAGCGACGUUUGAAAAGGGCGCCAUGUUGAGGGCGACUUGCAUGGGGCAACUCGAGCAAUGCUCAUUGCAUCCAGAAAACUCCUGAGAAGUUGUUGGGAUGGCCUGAUAGGGUGGUCAUUGAGCUGCCCCUGGUGGUAGUGGUGGUCAUCAAUCGUUGACGUCCCAUGCGAGCCGUAUACUUCUUGCUCCCUCAGCACUGACACCAUGUCAAGCGGACAAGAGGGUGGUGGCCUAGAAACCUCGCAAGCAAGCAGAACUUAUCAGCCUUCACUAGAUUGGGACAAAGGCGUGUCUCAGUACCUGGCCAAAGCAUUUGGCGAGGAGCGCUUGGCGGCUAUUACCAGGGCGCUUUGCCACCCUUCCAAGACAUCGUGCCUGCGUGUGAACACACUCACCACCACCAGCCAAGAAGUGAUAGCACGCCUGGAGCAAGAAUGUCGAACACAACAAACAGGAAGUGGCGUGGAGGGACAAGCUGCAUUCCGUUGUUGGGAGCAUGAUCUAGUGCCAGGGGUUGUGAUGGUCGCCGGAUGGCCCCAUACUGUAGAUUACAGCGACAAAGAUGGAUUGCCCCUGAAAGAGGUGCUUGUGAGCAGGAAGUGCGGUGAAGCCGUUCUGAGGGGGGCAGAAGUCUUUGUCCCUGGAGUCCUGGCCUGCGAGGCUGCCAUCAACGCAGGCGACGAGGUCGCUGUCUCCGUGCACGUCGAGAGCCUCUUCCCCGCCCCGACACGCGGCACCACUCUCGGCAGCUCUCACGACGCCGCCACUCCCUCCCGGGACCGCUGGUUCAUUGGGCGGGGCCGAGCGCUCCUUUCCCGCGCCGCGAUCUUCCGUCAGGAGCAGGGGAUCGCGGUGGAAAUGGUGCACAGAGUGUAUUCACACCCGUCGCUGUAUGACCUGACGACGCAGUGGGCGGAAGGGGUGUUCCUGCAGCAUUUGCCCAGCGUGGUCGCCGCUUGUGUGCUCGGUCCGAAGCCUGGCGAGCGCAUCCUCGACAUGUGCGCGUCUCCUGGGGGAAAGACCACCGCGAUUGGCAUUCUCAUGAAGAACAAGGGGGAGAUCAUUGCGCUGGAUCGUUCCCAGAGCAAGGUACAGCAGAUUGAGAGGCUCGCGAGCCAGAUGGGGCUGACCUGCAUCAAAGCGUUCAAGAUGGACGCCACGUUGUGCGUCCGAGAGCCGGCCAAACCGGACAGCGUUGCUGGCAUGGCAGUCAGUGAUUCUAAGGAAGCGGGGCGCAAAAAAGUAUCGGAAACGGUGGAAGAAAAUGGUGAAAUAGACGGGAUACCAACUCGACCAGAGCCAUGCACUUCUGAAGAACUCAUCGAUGGUGGCCUUGAGAAUAGGACGGACAGCUCCUCGAACGGUGUUGCAGAACCGGAGAGCGCGGGCGAGACUGGCCUUGCUGCGGAGUGGCGGUUAGCGGAGGUGCCAGUUGGAGUGGACGGAAAGGAAGGAUCGGCCGAUAGGAGAAAUAGUAGCGAAGAAGCUGAGCUAGGGUCUAGCCAGGCGCUGAGUAAACAACUUGACCCAGAGAGGAGGCAUGCUAAUUGUGCCAUCGAAUCGCGAGAAGUCUCGCCUGGGGAUUCGCCUAGUAUUAGAAUAGUACAAACUGGACAGACAAAUCCAAGGGAGAGUAGCGUACAUUCGAAGCCGGACAACACGGGCGAUGAAACGGGAAACAAUUACCGAGGGGAAACUUACGAAAGCGGAGAGCCUUGCCACAAGCAUGCCGUCUCAGGAAGCGCGGACGUCCGAGUGGCCACUGAUCCUGGCCAUUCAGAACCCGGUCCAAGCCCCCAGGCGGAACCGGCCAACGUGAGAGCAGAUUCUAUCACACCUCCAACCAUCGAAUCUCUGAACACUUCCAGCGCGCCUAGAGUGUGCGACCGCCGGGGCUCAACGCUCGAGAAGCGAGCUCAGCGGAAAGAAGCACGCUGGCUGCGGUCCAAUCAGAAGAGCGCCAAGCUCGACAAGCUGGAGCCCGGGAGCUUCGACCGGGUGCUGCUGGACGCGCCGUGCUCCGCGCUGGGGCUGCGGCCGCGGCUGUUCGUGGGCGGGGUCACUUUGCAAUCUCUGCGUCAAGACGGAGUGUACAAGCGGCGCUUCUUGGACCAGGCGGUUAAGUUAGUCAAACCCGGGGGGUUUAUUGUGUACUCAACGUGCACGCUUAACCCCGGGGAAAACGAAGCACUCGUCCGGUAUGCCCUCGAAACGUACCCGUGCCUUCGCCUCGUGCCGCAAGAGCCACGGCUUGGAGGUCCGGGACUGGUUGGUGGUGGUGACGUCUUUGACGGUACAGGUUACAGGGAAUGGCUGCGGGAGGGGGAGCAAAACUCGGUCCAGCGAUUCGACCCAGAUGGACCGUUGGAUACUAUUGGUUUCUUCAUUGCCAAGUUUCAGAAAUCUGGAGCCCAAACUUGACUCUAAGAGCUCCAUGAACGAUUGUACGAGGACAGCAAGGAUUUGCCGUUGCACGUUGCUUACAUAGGAUUUGUAGUUGAAAGCAUUUGUGCAGACAAAGUUAUAGCUCGAUGGUAUGUGCCCACUCAUCCUUUG